UUCCAUUCCCAACCCCACCCGACCCUACCAGCCUCCCCCGAUCCCAUCUCCCAUUCUCAAUUUCUCACCGCGGGGCGCGGCGCCGUUCUGCUCAUGUGACACUCGUCCACGCGCUCCCAGACCCCAACUCGCGGCGCCAGCCGGGGAACCCGGAGCAAGCUAUAAUAAAUCCGAGGGAUUCCGCGGCGGGGAUGGGGCAGGAGGGGAUGGGGUACAACGGCAAGGGGGGCGGAGGCGGCGGGGGAGGGGGUUUGCCGAUGACGGCGCAGCGGCCGCGAGGGGCGACGCCGCUGAGCAGCCACCACAGCCGGUCGCGCAAGAUCCACCGCACCUUCAACAACCUCAAGAUCACCGUGCUCUGCGGCCUCGUCACCAUCCUCGUCCUCCGGGGCACCAUCGGCCUCAACCUCUCCCUCCCCUCGCAGCCCUCCGACGCCGACGCGCUCAGCAGCGCCAAGGCCGUCGAGGACAUCGACCGCAUCCUCCGCGAGAUCCGCUCCGACUCCGACCCGGACCCCGACGAGGGUGGCGAAUUCGGCGCCGCCGCCGGGUUCAACGCCACCGCGCUCAGCGCUGCCGAGGCCAACGCGGCGUACGCGGCCGCGGUGGAGAAGUACGCGCUCGGGCCCAAGAUCUCCGGAUGGGACGAGCAAAGGCGCAGGUGGCUCGCGCGGAACCCUGGGUUCCCAGCCACUGUCGCCGGAGGGAAGCCGAGAAUCAUGCUCGUCACCGGCUCGCAGCCGGGACCCUGCGACAACCCGCUCGGUGACCACUACCUGCUCAAGACCACCAAGAAUAAGAUCGACUACUGCCGCCUCCACGGCGUCGAGAUCGUCCACAACCUCGCGCACCUCGACACCGAGCUCGCAGGCUACUGGGCCAAGCUGCCGCUGCUUCGACGCCUCAUGCUCUCCCACCCGGAGGUCGAGUGGAUCUGGUGGAUGGACAGCGACGCGCUCUUCACCGACAUGGCGUUUGAGCUGCCACUGUCACGAUACGACAAUCACAACCUCAUCAUCCACGGGUACCAGGACCUCCUCUUCGAUAAGCAUUCCUGGAUCGCGCUCAACACCGGCAGCUUCCUCUUCCGGAAUUCCCAGUGGUCACUCGACCUCCUGGAUGCGUGGGCGCCAAUGGGGCCCAAGGGGUUCAUCCGUGACAAGGCCGGGAAGAUACUCACUGCGAACCUCAAGGGUCGGCCAGCGUUCGAGGCCGACGACCAGUCUGCACUGAUAUACCUCUUGCUGUCGCAGAAGGAGAAGUGGAUGGAUAAGGUGUUCAUAGAGAAUUCAUACUACUUGCACGGCUUCUGGGCUGGCCUGGUGGAUAAGUAUGAGGAGAUGAUGGAGAACCACCACCCAGGGCUCGGGGAUGAGCGGUGGCCGUUCGUGACGCACUUUGUCGGGUGCAAGCCGUGCGGGAGCUAUGGUGAUUACCCAGUGGAGCGCUGCCUCAAGAGCAUGGAGCGAGCAUUUAAUUUUGCAGAUAACCAGGUGCUUCGGCUGUAUGGGUUCACACACAAGGGACUGGAAAGCCCCAAGAUCAAGAGGAUCAGGAAUCAAACAACCAAGCCGAUUAAUGACAAGGAGAACCUUGAUAUGAAGGCCAAGAUAUCGACUACUUCUUGAAGGUUCAGAUAAGAGUUGGUGGUAUGGCAAUUGCAUACUUGCUUGGCUAUCCACAAAGUCAGAGCAUUUUGUGACUUAGGGAUAUUGUUGUUUUAGUUUCCACUCUCUCUCUCUCCUUUUCUUUUGGUUCUCCAAUCCUUAUUGUUAUGUAACAGCGCUAGAGAUUGCAAGCUAUGUUUAUCAUGGAGUUAAACGUGAGAGUUCAAAUCAGAAGGAAAUAGCCUCACUUUUGUACCGUAUUUCGUUUCA